UCGGGAGCUCGCGCUGUCCGGUAGAGCAGUGGCUGUUCUUGCUGAUAACACUGUAAACUUGUAAUAACUGGCCAACACCAGCUCCAUCUACAACCUCCCACCUAAAGAAGAAGGAAACAUGGCUUGUAAUGAGUUUUCUCUUCAUGUGCCAACUCUGAAGGAGCUUGCUGGAGUUUUGCAGAAGGGGCUGAAAGAUAACUUCGCUGAUGUCCAGGUCUCUGUAGUUGAUUGUCCUGAUUUGACUAAGGAACCAUUUACCUUUCCUGUAAAAGGCAUCUGUGGGAAAACUAGAAUUGCAGAAGUAGGAGGUGUGCCUUACUUAAUGCCUCUUGUAAACAAAAAAAAAGUUUAUGAUCUGAAUAAGAUUGCACAAGAAAUCAAGCUGCCUGGAGCUUUUAUUCUUGGAGCAGGGGCAGGACCAUUUCAAACUCUUGGGUUCAAUUCUGAGUUUAUUCCAGUUGUACAAACAGAAAGUGAACACAACCCUCCUGUGAACCGAAGUUACUUUGCGUGGAUUAACCCUGUAGAUGGAGGGUGCCUACUAGAGAAAUACAGUGAGAAAUAUCAUGAUUUUGGAUGUGCAUUACUGGCUAAUCUUUUUGCCAGUGAGGGCCAACCUGGCAAGGUCAUUGAAGUAAAAGCCAAAAAAAGAACUGGACAACUUAACUUUGUGACUUGCAUGAGACAGGCUCUGGAAGACCAUUAUGAAAACAAACCUGUAGGGAUGGGAGGUACUUUCCUAAUUCAGAAGGGAAAAGUAAAGGCUCACAUUAUGUCUGCAGAAUUUUCCUCCUGUCCUCUGACUUCUGAUGAGCAGGUGAAUGAAUGGCUGAAUUUUUAUGAGAUGAAGGCUCCUCUGAUUUGUCUUCCAGUUUUUAUCUCCAGAGACCCAGGGUUUGAUUUGCGACUGGAACACACUCAUUUCUUUAGUCAUCAUGGAGAAGGUGGACAUUACCAUUAUGACACUACCCCAGACACUGUGGAGUAUCUUGGCUACUUCUCACCUGCCCAGUUUCUCUACCGAAUUGAUCAGCCAAAAGAGACCCAUUCAUUUGGGAGAGAUUAAAUCAGCUAAUGCUUGUUUAGAAAA